UCAUCCAAACUUCCAAUUCUAAAUUCCAGCGGCUCGAAUAUCACUCAGAACAGAAGACAGAGUUAAUGACUGACUGUUAUACCGUUAUAAAAUGGGACCGAGUUGAACGGAGAUUUUCUGUUUGAAAUCCGCAAAAGACAUUAGGAUGGGGCUUCUUGACUUUCUUUGAGUGAAGAUAAUAGAGGCAACCCCCCUGCGGUCCAAACGGUGAAGAGUUAUUUUAAGAGUUCUAUAUGGAUGGAUUGUGAAAGGACUCAUUGGUAGCCUGAUGCAGUGAAACAUGUAGUUUAUCAACUCUGUGUCAACUUCCAUCGGUGUUUUAACGAUGAUUGCGGCUUUCAUUCCGGAAUCUGUUCGUUAUUUCAAUGCACCACAAACUCUCACCAGAGUUUCCUGCUCUUGGUUCCGUGGUGGUUUUAUCAGCAGAAAGCCACAGAGAGCCGAGCAGGGAGGUUGUCCUGCUACAGCCUGCCGGAGUGAAGAGUAGCUGUCUGGAAUUGUUAGUUCAGAAGACUAGUGAUCCUACAGCGGCAUCAGGACGAGACGGUGGUAGAGCGACACAAACAAAGGCUGGAUGACGCAUUACAUCGGGUAGCAUACCUGCGCAUGGGAUUUGACUUUGUAUGUUGCUUCCUUGAUUCAACUGAUAUUUUAAUUGCAUUAUCAGAUCCCGUCAGUUGUGCGCCAUGGCGGAGGUUGGGGGCUUUCUAGGGACACUCGACUUGGAUUUACAGAGUUUCCCCGCACUAGGAAGUAUGCCCUUGGCAGAGGCGCCAGCGGGGUUACUGGAUGAGAGGCUGGGACAGAUCGAGGGGAGGUUACAGCGAGGCUCGCUGACGGAUUUCGAGCACCUUAAAGGGAUUCUGCGGCGGAGGCAGCUGUACUGUCGAACCGGAUUCCAGCUGGAGAUAUUCCCCAACGGGACCGUGUACGGGACAAGACAGGACCACAGCAGAUUCGGUAUCCUAGAGUUCAUCAGUCUGGCUGUAGGGCUGGUCAGUAUUAGAGGAGUGGACGCAGGACUCUACCUGGGCAUGAACGAGAGAGGAGAGCUCUAUGGGUCGAAGAAGUUAACAGCGGAGUGCGUGUUCAGAGAGCAGUUUGAGGAGAAUUGGUACAACACAUACGCCUCUACGCUCUACAAACACACCGACACCGGACGUUUCUACUACGUAGCGCUCAACAAGGACGGCUCGCCACGGGAGGGGGGGAGGACGAAGAAACACCAGAAACUAACGCACUUCCUGCCUCGGCCUGUGGAGAUAGAGAAGAUCCCCCAGGCUUACAGAGAUCUGUUCCAAUACAGGUGACCAGGGCUGAGCCUGGGAGAGAGGGAUGAGGAGGAGGAAAGGGAGGAGAGAGGUGGAUGUUUGGCACUAAGGACAGGACUCAGUACUCCCACUGACCUCGCUCCCCUGUCUCCAGCCCCCAACAAAGGUGUUUAUGUAUUGUCCUUCCAGCCCCCCCAAAAACCCUCCUGUUCCUCCGAGGACCAACGACCAGAGAGAUAAACAUAGCUUGUGUUGCUGGACAUUAACUUUCUAAAAGGGCUGUUUGACCUCAGAGGGGUCAGAGCAGAGCAGUGGAAAUGCUCUUCUCUCCAGCCACUGAGGAGGAGGAGGGCGGGGGUCCUACUACAGGGAGGUGUCAUUAGGCCCAUAAGACCUCACCCUGGAGGAGAGCACAGAGUCAAGCGGAGGAGAUAAUCUCUUCACUAAACGGAUAGGAGAGAGAGAUGGAGGGAGAGAGACUGGACUGGCGUCAGGCCUGUAUGACUGCCUAACCCACCCUGGGAUAACCGCAGGUUAAAACCACCUAAAGAAGACAAAGACUUUUCCUGAUGAGAACCACUUUUAUACAUAAUAAGAUAAUUAACCAGCAUUCACUGCAAAUAUAAAAAGGGUUUGGGGUUAGUCCUCAUCAGUUCGAGUAGGGGGUCUGAGGACUAGUAAUGAACAAGUCAUGGAAAGUUGAUCAGACUAGCUGAGAUGACCAGUGGACACUACUCUAGCCAAGCCAUUCACCACAGCAACCAGAGAACUCCAGGGAGCGAGGGAGGGAUUGACCAAUGGAAGUUGAGAGAAUGUCAGAAUGUUCUAAAGCAACGUGUAGAGAGAACUCAUCUUCUGACUAGUCAUUGUGAUGUCAGUGUUCUAAAUCAACGUGUAGAGAACUCAUCUUCUGACUAGUCAUUGUGAUGUCAGUGUUCUAAAUCAACGUGUAGAGAACUCAUCUUCUGACUAGUCAUUGUGAUGUCAGAGUGUUCUAAAUCAACGUGUAGAGAACUCAUCUUCUGACUAGUCAUUGUGAUGUCAGUGUUCUAAAUCAACGUGUAGAGAACUCAUCUUCUGACUAGUCAUUGUGAUGUCAGUGUUCUAAAUCAACGUGUAGAGAACUCAUCUUCUGACUAGUCAUUGUGAUGUCAAGAGUGUUCUAAAUCAACGUGUAGAGAACUCAUCUUCUGGCUAGUCAUUGUGAUGUCAGGGCUGAGCUGGGACAGAGAGAGAGAGUACACUACUACCUAGUAUGUAUAUGUGAUGGAGACAGAUUGGCCAUGAGGGAGUAUCCAGGUGAAACAGGGUUGGCAGAACUUGGCACAUAAGUGAUAUGAUCAAUGUAAAGAGAUGUGAUACAUGUAAAACUUAUUGACUAUGUGAUAAAUGUAA